AUGAAGGAGAGCGCAGUUGGAGGACGGACGCCAGUGCAGCAGAUUCUUCUGGACGCGGCUGCAGAGAUCACGGACAGCACUGCAUCACAGCUGCCAUGUACGUCAACACUUCGACGUACAGUUAGAAGACAGAGGCAACGUGCAACCUUUGUUUAUGAUAUUCCUUCCAGCACAGAAGAUAUCCAUCUCCCACCUGAAUUCAAGGAAGCGUUCCUACUACACGACAGUGGGGAGAACGACGUCAACCGCAUCAUCUUGUUUGCUACGAAGCGGAACUUGGAGUGCUUAGGGAGUGCAGCUGCCUGGUUUUGUGAUGGGACGUUUAAGGUAGUGCCCUCACUAUUCUACCAGUUGUACACACUUCAUGCCCUGAAGAACAAAACCGAGAAAACAUAUAGAAGGUUCUUCUCAGUCGUCAUCGACAACGUCGGGCCCUGCGCUGUUCGUGUGCUGUACACGGACUUCGAGAUUGCUACUAUUAACGCUGCCCGUGGCGUCAUUUCGGAUAUCCGAAUUCAAGGGUGUUUUUUUCACCUGGCCCAGUCGGUUCAUCGUAAGCUGUGCGCGCUGGGAUUUCAAGCACGUUACAGCACGGACGAGGCAUUUGCAGUCAGGGUUAAAAUGCUCCCAGCCUUGGCGCUUUUUCCUGUUGGGGCUAUCCCGGAAGCAUUUCAAGACUUGUUGGAAGUAUUCCCACAGGAGGCUAUCCAACUGGCUGACUACUUUGAGGACGUGUACGUCGGUCGACCACGUCGGAAAGGCGUCAGCUCGGCUCAAUUUCCUCCGAAACUGUGGUCAGUGUACGAGGCGGCACUUGAUGGAAUGCCGCGAACAAACAACAGUGUGGAGGCAUGGCACUAUGGGCUACAGGGCAACGUGAGGUGCACUUCACCGAACAUCUGGGUGUUCCUCGACUCCUUGAAAAAGGAUCAGGCCCUAAGCGAAAUGAAGCUCAGUCAAGCGGCAAGCGGGGUCACUGCCACAAGGGUGUCGCGGAAGCAGGUGGCAUUCAACAAGCGCCUUCAAAGAAUUCUUGGACGCUACGAUGGAACAGACAACAUGGAUAUCCUCGAGGCUUGCGCUAGAAGUAUAGCAUUGUAA